AUGUUAGACAUUAUUGAUCUCAAGUUCCUUGCACCCGAAGUCCUACGCAAUUGGUUAACCAAAGAGUCCAAAAGACUAAUAAUAGUAGACGUUAGAGACGAUGACUUCCAAACUGGUCAUAUCAGAGACUGUUUCCAUAUUCUGUCACAUGAAUUCGAUAGUUAUCUCCCUCAACUCCAGCAGACACUAUUGGCAAAAGAUUACAGCGACAUUAUAUUCCAUUGUGCAUUAUCUCAAGUUAGAGGACCAAAAGCUACUCUUAAAUAUCUUCGGGCUUUGAAUUCAUUACGCGAAGAUGAAUCCCGUCAACUCGAUCAAAUCAACGUAUGGGUGCUUGAAGGUGGUUAUCAAGCAUGGCAUAGAUUGUAUGGUAAUGAUAAUAAGGUUACUGUGAGGUUCUAA